UUAAAUCUCUUUCUAAAGAGAAGCAAUAAACGCGAUAUUACGCCAACCCGACAAAAAGCUCUUUUCAAUGUUUUCAUCAACAUCUGAAUCAUUAUCAUCAAAAAUAACAAACACCUACGAGAGAGUAAACCCAAUUCAGCUUUUCUCUAAAUCCCAAAUUUCGAAUCAUGUCAAGUUACAAAGCCGAUGAAGAAUACGAUUACCUCUUCAAGCUCGUGUUGAUCGGAGACUCAGGUGUCGGCAAAUCAAAUCUGCUCUCUAGGUUUACAAAGAACGAGUUCAAUCUCGAAUCCAAGUCUACUAUCGGUGUCGAGUUCGCUACCAAGACACUCAAAGUCGAAGGCAAAGUCGUCAAAGCUCAGAUUUGGGAUACUGCUGGUCAAGAGAGAUACCGAGCAAUCACAAGCGCUUACUAUAGAGGAGCUGUAGGUGCCUUGCUUAUUUAUGAUGUGACAAGGCACGCGACUUUUGAGAAUGCAGCAAGAUGGUUAAGGGAACUAAGAGGACACACAGACCCAAACAUAGUGGUUAUGCUCAUUGGGAACAAGUGCGAUUUGCGCCACUUAGUGGCAGUCAAAACUGAAGAGGCUAAAGCCUUUGCUGAGAGAGAAUCUCUGUAUUUCAUGGAGACAUCAGCUCUAGACGCAACCAAUGUUCAAAACGCAUUCACUGAAGUGCUCACUCAGAUCCACAAGAUAGUGAGCAAAAGAAGCGUGGAUGGAUCGAACAGAGGAGAAGGAUCGUCGGCUGAUUUACCAGGCAAAGGAGAGACGAUAAACGUUAAAGAAGACGGAUCGGUUCUUAAGAGAAUGGGUUGUUGCUCUAACUAGAGUGGAGGAUUGUAGAUUUGGUUAGGGUGAGACAUCAUAUGAUUAUCUCUGGCUAUGGCAAUCAAAAAGUGAAAUAAGAAUCCAUUACUUUACGAUCAUGUUUUAUGCUAUGGUAAAUUUAGCCUGUAAGGGAUUUUUAAUUUUAAGGUACAUGAUUGGUAUUUGUCUUUGACACUCCUACCACUUGUAAAAUUGUAAUAAACUAAACAGAUGCAGAUCUUCCCCUAA